AUGAUGGUCGACUACGCAAAGUAUCGAGUGGUAGAAUUGAAGGAGGUUCUCAAAGCUCGUCAACUUCGAACUGAUGGCUUGAAAGCUGCUUUGGUGCAACGUUUGACACAAUCAGAUGCUCGUCAUGUUUCCAUCGAGGAGGUGGUCAAUCAAAGAGUCAAAUCGAAUGUAGCCUCUACUGCGCCUCCACCUCCAUCGCAAAAUGGAGCUGUCAACCUGAAUCUUGACAAUCUGCUUCAAACUAUGGAUAAUCUUCAAAACAUACCAGGCUUCACUCUCACAGCAGCGGGUCACACGAUGCUCAACCAAGAGAACAUGCAUGUCUCUGCUCAGAGCCAAAGUACGCAAUCCGCUUUCCCAACGAACAAUUACCCACAAUCCCCUCCAGGCAAUAGUCAUAAUGCUGUUACAUUCAGCGAGAAUGAUUUCAGUGAUGAUGAUUAUCUAGACUUGGACACAAACUACGACUUGCCAAUGUCUCAAACGUCCUUCACCAAUUCUCAGCCGCAAUCUCAGCCUGGCGCGCACAGUCAAAACUUCAUGUCUCCUUCCUCUCAAGCCUAUGGUAUGACUCCACCAGCUUCAAGCUUCCAACAAGGCUAUCGCCCAAUGUCGCAGUCGCAAAAGUCGUAUCUACCGGCAACUCCUACACCACGUCAGCCAUUGGCAAAUAUUUCAAGUAACCAAAUGUCACCACCAUCGUCCGUUGAGGUUGGCCAAAAGGUCUUGGUCUAUGGUCCCUAUUUGACGUUCUAUCAGCUAGAGCAAAUGCAUCCAAAUGGCCAAAAAUUUCAGGAUGAGAAUGCAAAACUUGCACGCAGAAGAUGGUUGGCAAAGUUGGGUAUUGACGUUUCGCCAUACAACUUUGUGUUCACUAAUGAGUCACAAAGAGACAAAGUCGAAAUUCAUUGGGCUUUGAAAUCUCCAGAAGAGCGCCGAGAUAUUGAACAGAAAGCUGUUCAAUUGAAGCCACCCUAUCAACUCACGCAAGCGGUGCCACUACGAUUGGCACCUUUCGCUUUGCGAACACCUGUUCCAAUCAAUUUGAUUGGCCCGAUCCCGCUAUCGUUCUACGAGUUGGAGCAAACAUACUUCAAUAUUCCCCAUGGGAAGAAUUUGGCUUACUAUGACCUUGUUCCAAAACGCUUGGCUUGGCUCGAAGCACUUGGCUUCGACGAUCCCCGAUAUCUACCUCUAGCGCAGAGUACACGAGAACUCCAAGCAUUGAACGAUCUCUAUGAUCAGAAACCAAGCGUUGAGCGAAGAGCCAUCGAAGCUAAGGCAAAGUAUAUCAAUGCUAAGCCCAACCUGCCAGCUGUUUCGUGGGAAACUCUUGAGAAAGACUAUGAGAUCUACCCAGUAAGUGCUUUCACGACAUACACAGCAUAUAGUGACAAACGCCGCGAAUGGCUUCAAAAGUUUGGCCUUGAUGUUAUACCAUUCUGCUACAAAACCGCACAGCUCCAUGAGGGCAAUAUGCAGGGAAUGGAAAUUGCCUGGAGUGAAAUGACUGAGGUUGAAAGUGGUAGAGUUCUGGAGGCGGCGAAAACCAUCAAAGAAGACAGCAAUCCAGUUUUUGAAUCAUGGGCAGAGUUUGAGUAUACAUAUGGCUUUACCAAAGAAAAGGACAAGGAAUUCAAGAAUAACCCUAGCGUCAUCUCAAGCCCUACCGCUCUACAAGCAGCAUGGUCUACAAAGCCCAUUGAAGAGAGAAAGACCAUUAUCAACAAAGCUAAGUGGGAGAAAGAGCGCUUUGUUCGGGAUUUGGCGAGAAAAAAGGCCGAAAAGGCAGGUGGCAAUUACAAACCUCCUCCCAAUGAAGUCAAGAAAACAAGCAAGCGCUCAUCUACAACCAAAUCGUCUAACUCCAGAGUUUCUAAGUCCUCUAGUUAUAGAAACAAUCGAUAUAGUUAUGGUGGCUAUGGCGGCUAUGGCGGAUCAUAUUCUUCGGGUUAUGGAUUUGGAAGAAACAGAUACUCAAGGUACUAG